AUGGUGCUAAAGGUAGCCGCAGAGGAUUCACCAUUAGCUACAGUUGAUGAGGUGGUGAGGGUGAGAGAAUACAAUGAAGAACGUGAUAAGGUGGCGGUGGAGAAGAUGGAGAGGCUGUGCGAAAUGGUUGGGCAGCGGGGAAAGCCUUCUCUUGUCACUGAUCUCUUGGGUGACCCAAAAUGUCGCAUCCGGCAUUUUCCAACCCACAUAAUGCUGGUUGCACUGCUGUACGGAGAACAAAAGGAAAUUGUGGGUGUCAUCAGGGGUUGUGUAAAAAAGGUAACAAGAGGAAAUUCAGAGUUUGUAAAGCUAGCUUAUAUCCUGGGACUAAGGGUCUCUCCCACGCACCGGAGGCUUGGUAUUGGUACAAAACUAAUCAGACAUUUGGAAGAAUGGUGCAAGCGAAAGGGAGCAGAAUAUGCAUACAUGGCCACAGACUGCACCAACGAGGCCUCAAUCAAUUUGUUCACCCUGAAAUGCUCAUACCAAAAAUUUCGGACACCCACCAUCUUAGUCCAGCCAGUGCACGCUCACUACAAGCCAAUACCUUCAACCAUUACCAUAGUUCCACUGCCAGCCUGCCUAGCGGAGUCGAUAUACCGUCAAAUCUAUGCCAACUCUGAAUUCUUCCCGGAAGAUAUAGAUGCCAUUUUAUCCAGUGCCCUAAACUUGGGCACUUUCAUGGCCCUGCCCAGGAAACAUCUUCCGAAAUGGAACCCACAGAUGAGCACAUUCCCCCCUAGUGCUUUUGCCAUCCUGAGCGUUUGGAACACCAGAGAAGUGUUCAAGCUACAACUGAAGGGAGUGUCGAAGUUGACACAGGCAUGUUGCGUGGGAAGUAGACUAGUUGAUGCAUGGCUGCCAUGCCUGGGACUGCCUUCAUUUCCAAACGUUUUCAAGCAGUUUGGGGUGUAUUUUAUGUACGGGUUACAUGCUGAGGGCAAGCAGGGGUUGCGGUUGAUGAAGGGUUUGUGUAACUUCGUGCACAAUGUGGGUAGGGAUGACCAUGGAUGUGCUGCCGUGCUGGCGGAGGUGAGCCAGAGAGACCCAGUUAGAGAAGCAAUCCCACACUGGAGAAAGUUUUCAUGGGCUGAGGACAUGUGGUGUGUCAAAAAGCUCACAGAAGCCAAGCAACCAUCGGAUUGGAUUAACUCUCGACCUUCUUCGACGAUGAUUUUUGUCGACCCUCGUGACUUUUAAGUUUUAAAUAAGGACUUGUGAUGUUCUUAGUAUGGUUGAACUACACAGGAUGUCAGUUGUUCAUAAUCUUACAUCUUAUUAUU